AUGGCUUCAACAACCCCCGAAUUACCUACUUUCGAUUUCAGCCCGUCCACACUGCUGGAUAUUGCGAUGGACUUGGUCAACCAAGUUCAAACAGCUACGAAUGACCUAACCAACAGAAUUUCACCGCAAAACGCGACAUUUGAGAAUGCACUUCGCCCGUUGGCAGAUAUUGACAACGAGGUCAAAGGGAAGGUUCAAUACCUGGCACUUUUUCAGGCAGUUUCUCCUUCGUCAGAAAUGCGUAAGGCAUCUUCAGCGGCUGUGAAUAUGGUAGAUAAGGCAUAUUGGGGUGUCUUCCGAAUGCCGUCUCUGUUUGACUUGGUUGACGCUGUGCAUAAAGAUCAGGCUGAGGAGGAUCCAAAGGGCGAAGACCAAAAGCUUCUCAAAAGGUUUCACUCAAUGUUUAUGGAAAAUGGGCUUGAACUACAAGGGGAUAAACGGGACCGAUUCAUUGGGAUCUCAAAUCGUCUAAUUGAGCUACGAGUUGCAUUCAUGGAGAAUCUAAGCUCUGACCCUGGUUAUGUGUGGAAGGACCAGCAUGAGCUAGAGGGAAUAGCCGCAGAGACCUUGCAAGAAUUACCUAUGCAUCCUUCGACUAGCCAAAGAGGUAUCAAGCUUAAGAAGCCGAAUAUCACUAUGGUAUUGACUCGGUGCCACAUCGCUGAGACACGAAAAGAUGUGUUUCUUCAGAGCCAGAAUAUCUUCCCAGACAAUCUCGAGAUAUUCAACGAGGCAGUCACCCUUCGGGAUGAAUCAGCUCGUUUGCUGGGGUUUUCAUCUUAUGCAGCCCAGAAGUCGAGACACAAGAUGAUUACAUCCCCUCGCAACGUUGAUCAGUUAUUGGAUGAACUUUACAAUCACUUGCAGCCUCUUGCGCAGAAGGAGCUAGAAACCUUACAACACCUUAAAGGGGGAGACGGAGAAGGAUAUAACUCUUCCACUUCUCUUUCUCUGUGGGAUUUUGACUACUACCAUGACCGGUUGCUACGAGAAAAGUACAAUACUAAUCAUGAGCUAAUUGCGGAGUACUUUCCCGCAGAGAUUACAAUUCAACAAAUGCUGAAGACCUUUGAAACAAUUUUCAGCCUAUCAAUCGCACCCGUGGAAGUCGCCAAGGAGCAAGUUUGGCAUUCCGAUGUCCGAGUCUAUAGUGUGCGAGAUGACAAGUCCGCUUUUCUGGGAUUUCUUUACCUUGAUAUCUACCCUCGAGAGGGCAAGUACAAUCACGCAGCCAAUUUCAACAUCUAUCCUGUUCGUGUCUAG